AAUACUCUCACUAAAAUAAAACUUGAUUUUUAUUGAAAAUGUAUAUGAAAUCUAUCAAAAGAUCUUAGCUAAUAUUUCUGUUAAAACCAACCUAUUCUUUCAAACAAUUCGUAGAUCCUCCUAUUCUUUCAACACCAAACCGAUUUCCCACUCCCAGUCUUGUGAUUGACACCCACCAUUGCAGAGGAGAAGCAGAAGCUGAACGACGGAGUCAUCGGACGGUCGUUCUUGGAGGUGAAUCCGACUUAUGUUUUCAUACCUUAUUCUCCUCCAUCAAAAUGUGAAUGCCAGGUUUUUUACUCCAUUUUGAACCAAAUUCCGGAGGCUGCAAUGGUAUGAAGAAGUGUGGGCACCUCCAACCUGGUUGGACAAAGAUGAUGGCAGGAGAAGGUGCAGGAAGAGAGAAAGGAUGAUAUUUGAGAGGAGAGAGAGUCUUUAUUUUUAUUUUUAAAAUUUUAAAGUAUUCAAUUAUAUAAUUAUUAACUUAAGAAAAUGGGCUAAUUGCAAAGCAACCAUUAAUGAUAAUGAAAGUAUAAUUGCUGAAAUUGGGAGUUUGAAGAUUGAAAUGAUAACCGCACCGAGGCGAUUUAUGCAAUUUUCCCUAUUUUUAUAGAAAUCGGUAUAAUUGCUCAAAUGAAAAGUUAGAAGAUUAUCACUGUAACCAACCGGGAUUGUUCACCCAAUAUCUCCAUUUGAAAUGAUCCCUCCAAAAUUUCCGGUUGAGAAAUGCAUACAAAUUCGAAUUCUUUGAUUAGCGGUUAUUACAUUUUUGGUAUCUCCGCCUUCAUUCAGAAACGACAAUGCCAAUCCGGCGAAAACUUCGACGCCACGAAACAAGAAUUACCGAAUCCAGCCGCCAGGUUAUCGAAGAAAUCGAAGCUCUGCAAAUGGAAGCGGUAGCCGACGAUAGAGUAAUCAAACAGUGUUUAAACCUUUUCAUUUCCUCAGUUCAUUCCUCUACGCUAAUCAACUCCAAUGCAUUCAGCUUCCUCGUCUUUUGCGUCUCGUUUCCUUCAAAACGGAGAUGUGGAGGACUUCAGACUGACCGAUGAUCUUGCCUCCGCCGACACAGACGAUGAAUCUGAAGUUCAAUCUAUGACUGCCAAGGGGAUUAAUCAUCUGUGUUCGGAACUCUUGGAGCUGAAGGCUGAAUCCAAUGGGGAUUUUCACAGAAUUAUUAUUUCUGGUUGUCUUUCCUUCUCGAGGGCAUUUGAGAAGGUAAAGGAAAUGGAACAGGAUUUGAUGCAUCUAAAAAGCACCAUCUUUACUCACACAAGCCUUGUGAAAGACCUAAUGGAUGGCAUAGAUCUUGACAUUGAGUCAGAUGAGACAUUGGAUCCAACUCGUCAAUCUUCCGAAUGCAAUAGACUAUCUUUAUUGAUUGAAUUGGAGGCUCACAUUUAUGAGAUCUCUAACGCCUUGGACAAUCUCAUUUAUGAAAACAAGAUAGAUGAAGCUUUGGAAACCAUCAAAUUAGAGGAUGAAAAUCUGCAAAGACUGAAGGUUGAAGAAGACGAAUACCUUUUUGACAUUAUAAUGCUAUAUGAUUGUGUGAUUUCUGAUAAAAAUGCCAAGAUCAAUCUCCAAUUGGCCAAGCUAUCAGAGAACGGCAAGACGCUUGCUGGUAGGGAGGCCGGUCCGACGGCGGACCAACCAUCUUCAAUCGAUUCUCAAGUGCCUGAAGUACUUCAGGAAUGUAAGUUGAAAUUGAGAAGUUGAUAAAUGUUUUGUGUAAAUUUGUUACCUUGAAAAAAUAUUACAAUUAUCUUACAAAUUUAAUAUAUACUAAACAUGUAAAUAAUAUUUAUUAAUUAUAACUUAUCUAUUUUAGGAUCUA